UCCAAUUCGAGCUCCGCUUCACUGCACAACUAAACCUCCACGUAUCGCAGCCAAAAAAGGUUCAACUCAUACUCUCUCCACUUUUGUACAUAAGUUUUUACUUCUAAAGCUUCUUUUGAAAGCUUUUUCUUGUUGUAUCAAAAGAAAAACAAGACCAAAAAGAGUAGUAUGGCCAAGAAGCUCAACGAAAUCCAUCGGACAGCAACAUUUGCUUGGAGUCCUGGACAGCAAUUACCGCUGAUUGCAGCAGGCACUGUUUCAGGUGCUUUAGAUGAUUCCUUCUCGAACGCGUCUGAGCUCGAGCUCUUCAAGCUAGACUUUGUAAAUCCAAGCAAUACCAGCCAAGGACUAUCGCCUGCAGGAAAAAUUAGCACCAAUGCCAGAUUCAACACGCUCAGAUGGGGUCAUGUAACAACAGACAAGCCAUAUGGUAUUAUUGCUGGUGGUAUGGAUAGUGGUGAGCUUGAGCUCUGGAACCCAACGGCUAUACUCGAAGAUGAAGGGGCAGAUGCUGCAUUAGUAUUACGGAAUUCGACACACACCGGCCCUAUCCGUGGUCUCGAUUUUAACUCGGCUCAAUCCAAUCUAUUGGUUUCUGCUGGCAAUAACAGCGAGGUAUACAUCUGGGAUCUCACUAACCCAACCAAGCCACACGCUCCUGGCUCUCGAUCAAGCAAGUUAGAUGAUAUCACAAGUGCUGCUUGGAACUGUCAAGUUCCACAUAUUUUGUCGACCUCUUCUACGUCUGGCUAUACGGUUGUCUGGGAUCUUCGAAACCGCAAGGAAAUUAUGACACUGGCUGGACCUGGCGCUGGUGCUAUGAGCGGUGGCCGACGUGGCAUUUCAUCAAUUGCCUGGCAUCCUGAUGUGGCAACACAAAUCGUGACAGCAUCUGAAGACGACAAUAGUCCCGUUAUCACACUUUGGGAUCUCAGACACGCUCACUCGCCCGAGAAAACAUUAGCCGGCCAUAGAACGGGCGUUAUGAGCGUAGCUUGGUGUCGCCAGGACUCAGAUCUUCUCAUGUCGUGUGGUAAAGACUGCAGAACUCUUUGCUGGAAUCCUCGUACAGGUGACUUGUUGGGUGAAAUGACACAAUCUACCAAUUGGACAUUCGAAGUGGAUUGGUGUCCUCGCAACCCGGAUUUGCUGGCAACUGCAUCGUUUGAUGGAAAGAUCAAUGUUUAUUCGAUCCAGGGCGCCGGUCGUGAUGAAUCAGCUGCUCCGACAUCUGAGCAGCAGGGUGCCACUAAUGCAGACGACCCUUUCUCCGCCGCGAUGCUGGCAGCUACGCCGCAAACACAAUCGUUUGCACUCAAGCACCCACCCAAAUGGCUCCGUCGACCCGUCGGCGCCUCUUUCAGCUUCAGUGGCAAGCUGGUAGCAUUCAACGACAAGGCUGGACAAGCGGCUGCCAAGGUCGCUGCCAGUCUUCCGCCUGGAUCUGCUCCAGCAGUACAAAACAUCCCGCGCAACGUUACCAUUGCAACGGUGGUCACAGAGCCCGAGAUUGUCAAGCGCUCCGACGAGCUCGAAACUGCGGUUAACCAAAACCAAUUGGAGAAACUCUCGGAAGAUCGUCACUCACAAGCUGCAAUUGCCGACGAAUCGCAGAGCUGGAAGGUGCUUCGGGCCUUAUUUGCAGAUGACGCUCGACAACAACUGAUCCGCCAACUGGGUUUCCAAAACGAAGAAAUUAUUGCGGCUGUCGAAGCAAUCACUGCAGAGACCAAGAAGGAUGCGGCUGCUGAUGCCAACGAUACAUCUGCCUCACAACAACAACAACAACAACAACAACAACAACAGGAGACCAUCGAGACACCCAAACCAGAGCCAGAGGAAGAGAAGAAGGAGACUCAAGAACAGGAUGUCUCUGCUACUGCUGCUGCAGCUGUUGACGAAAAGGAAUCCGAACAGACGCAAGAGGUACAGCCUGCUACUGAAGGUCAUGAGCAAACCACGGAAAAGCCUGUGGGUGAAAAGGCACCCACAGACACGCUUUCGGGACUUUUCCGCUCAUCCGAUAAGGCGUCUCCCGCCGAGGACUUUUUCGGGCAGCAAUCGUCUGGACAGGCCACUGCCGUCGAUACUGCAGCCAGCGGCAUAACAGCUACUGAUGCUACUGCUUCUGCCGACACCACCGCUCUUGGUGCUGCCGCUGCUGCUGCCACCCCGGCUAUCGUUGCAGCCCUUCAGGUACCGCUGGAGCUCUACCCCAAGGACAGCUCGGAUACCGACCGCUUGAUUACUCGAUCGCUCGUCUUGGGCGACUUUAACACUGCUGUUGAGCUUUGCCUUGCUUCCGAUCGUCUCUCGGAUGCUUUGUUGCUGGCCAUAUACGGUAGCAGCGACCUGUUGGCCCGUACACAAAAGGCAUACUUUGAGCGCCAAGCUGCAAAGACAUCCUACUUGCGCCUCGUGGAAAACAUUGUGAACGAAAACCUGUCGGCCAUUGUGGACAGCACUUCGCUGGACGAGUGGACUUCCGUCGUCGUCAUCCUUUGCACGUUUGCACGCACCGAGGAAUUCGGUCCUCUUUGUGAAAGUCUUGGUGGUCGUCUCGAAGAAGCAUGGUCGGCUGCUGUCAAGAACGGCGACGUGGAAAAGGGCCAGCAAUUCCGCCGGCACGCAACACUUUGCUACUUGGCUGCCGGUAAUCUUGAAAAGGUGGCUGGUAUCUGGAUUAUUGAACAGGAGGAGGAGAAGCAGAAGGAAAUCAAGGAAGAGGGUGCUGUCAACGCCAGCGGUUCUAGCUUGCAGAACUUGAUCGAGAAGGUUACUGUCUUCCGCAAGGCUAUCGACUAUGAGGACGAGAUGCUUGCUGCUGAUCAGAGCUCGGCUGGCGAAACACAACCCGGUGUAUAUCCCUUGGGUCAAUUGUACAGCAAGUACUGUGAGUAUGCUGAACUGAUGGCUACCCAGGGCAAACUCGACAUUGCCCUGCGAUACCUCAACCUCACUCCCAGCGGCUAUCGCGAUCUCAUGUCUGAUCGCUUGUCCGUCAUCCGCGACCGCGUCUACCGUGCCUGCGUUGGCGAAGGCAGCUUCGGUCAGCACCGCGUCCCUGCAUUCCCAUUCGAGCCUACGCCACUCUUGUCUGAAAAGGAAAGAGCAAUCCCUGAUGCUGGUGCUAACGGUUUCGAGGGUCAGCAUUUGUUCCAGCAACCUAUGCAAACCGAAGCACUUCAGCAGCAGCAGCAGCAAACUGCUGCCUAUGACGCUUACAAGCCAUAUGAUCCUUCAGCCAACACAACAGCUGCUCCAUUGCAACAGCAGCCUGUGCAGCAGCCACUGCAGCAUCAACAACAACAACAACAACAACAGGCGACCUACAACGCUUACAACCCGUACGAUCAGCCUGCAGCUCCAGCACCUGCACAACAACAACAACAGAACCCUUACGCGCCCAUCACCAACCCAAUGGGCGCGCCUGCAAACACUAAUUAUGGCUAUGGCUAUCCAGCUGCACAAGCAGGGGCUCCUGUACCACCGCCACAAACGGGAGCGCCACCCCCGCCACCACCCAAGAAUAGGCCCACAGGAUCUGCUGGCGCAAGUCCAUCUGUUUCGCAUCGAUCCGCCUCGGGGGCAUGGAACGAUCCACCGGUUGUAUCUAACGCACACGUGACACGAAGCCCCGCUGCUGCUCAAGUUGGUCCUAAACGAGUGACUUCUCCCUUCCCUAACCAGCCUGGACCUAGCACAUAUGCUCCCGCGCCUAGCCAGCAACAGCAACCAUACAUGCAACAGCAGCCUCUAAACAGAGGCAUGGGUGCUCCACCACCUCCACCACCUACUGCAACCGCUGUGCCUCCACCCCCUCCACCCAUGAACGCCGUUGCUCCUACCCCGCUUGCCAGACAACAACCACAACAGCCGCCACCACCACCUCCGCAGCAACAGCAACAGCAACAGCAAGGAUUCUAUGCGCCCGGUCCCCAAAUGAGAGGCCCUGCCACACCUCCACCACCUAUGGCAUCAAUGGCAGGUCCUCCACCUCCACAACAGCAACACCAGCAUCCAAUGGCUCCCCCGCCUCAGCAGCAGCAGCAGCAGCAGCAGCCAUCACCUUAUGCACCUCAACCCAUCCAGGCACCGCCUCAACAACCGGGCCCCUACGCUCCUGCUCAACCACAGCAACACCCCCCACAACAGCAGAUGUUCCGUUCAACGGGUACGCCACCUUUGCAGCAACAGCAGCAGCAACAGCAGCCAUCUCCUCGAGCACCUCCUGCUGCUCCCGCCAAACCUGCUGCACCACCAGCUCCCGAAAAGAAGCGACAUCGUAAGUUUAAGAUGGAAAAACCGGGUUAAUGACGAUAUUGGCGUUUUGCCGCGUGGUUAAAUAUAAAAAUAAAAAUUCUCUCUCAAUGUAUAGCCAAGGAUGACAGAAGCCACAUCCCCGCCGAACAGCGUCCCAUUCACCAGAUCCUUUCAGCCGAGUUGCAGCAAGCAAGACAGAGAUCUCCUCCUGCUCAAAAGAGAAUGCUUGACGACACUGAACGUAGAUU